AUGGCUACACAAGGCACGCCGGGUCUAGCCCUCGCCGUGGUGUGCGCCAUGUGCCUGUUGCCGGUGCUGGCCAUGGCACAGCUCCAGGUCGGGUUCUACCAGAGGACCUGCCCCAACGCUGAGACGCUUGUCCGGCAGGCCGUCGCGACGGCCUUCGCCAAGGACGCCGGCGUCGCCGCGGGCCUCAUCCGUCUGCAUUUUCAUGACUGCUUCGUCAGGGGCUGCGAUGCCUCCGUCCUGCUGUCCACCAACCCCGGCGGCGGCAAGACGGAGCGGGACGCAAUUCCCAACAACCCGAGUCUCCGCGGGUUCAACGUGAUCGACGCCGCCAAGGCCUCCCUCGAGCAGAGCUGUCCCAGAACCGUCUCCUGCGCCGACAUCCUCGCCUUCGCGGCGCGCGACAGCAUCACCCUCACCGGCAACGUCUUCUACCCUGUCCCUGCCGGCCGCCGCGACGGCUCCAUCUCCAAGGAGCAGGAUGCCCUGGACAACCUGCCCCCUCCCACAUUCACUGCGCAGCAGCUCAGCGACCGUUUCAAAAACAAGACCCUCACCGCCGAGGAGAUGGUCCUCCUCUCCGGCGCCCACACCGUCGGCCGCUCCUUCUGCGCCUCCUUCGUCAACCGCAUAUGGAACGGCAACACCCCCAUCGUACGUCCGUCCGUGGAUGCAGGGCUGAGCCCGUCGUACGCGGCGCUGCUGCGGUCGCUGUGCCCGUCGACCACGACGCAGACGACGCUGAUCACGACGGCGAUGGACCCGGGCUCGCCCAACGUGCUGGACAACAACUACUACAAGCUGCUGCCGCGCAACAUGGGGCUCUUCUUCUCCGACAACCAGCUGCGCGUCGACGGGAACCUCAACGCGCUGGUCAACACCUUCGCGGCCAACGAAACUUUGUGGAAAGAGCGGUUCGCGGCGGCCAUGGUGAAGAUGGGCCGCAUCGAGGUGCAGACGGGGAGGUGCGGUCAGGUACGGCUCAAAUGCAGCGUCGUCAACCCCAGCUCGUCGGCCGAGCUGGGCUCCGCCGUCGACGACGAGGGCGUCGUCGCCACGAGCUAGCUGAUUAACCAUCCCGCCAUCGAGUUCCAUCUUCCAUGUGUUCGCUUUUUUCCGCUUUUAGGUAUGAUCGCGCAUGUGUGUGCGCGCCUUGGCGAUGGCUAAUAAUUAAGCACGUAGGUAUCACUUGGUGCCGGCUACAUUGUAUCCAUCUGAAUAGAACAAAUUCUUGUUA